AGGUUUCUCCCCUCCCGCCGCCCGAGCGAGCGACACGGCUGCUGCCCCCCUCCCCUCCCUCCCUUCCCUUCCCUCCCAUCCCCCCCUCCCCGAGACCCACCGGACCCCGAACCCAGAGUGAAGCUCCCAAGCCCCCCCAGUCCCCCCAGCCCCAGACCUGGCAUCAUGCAUCGGACCACACGGAUCAAAAUCACGGAGCUGAACCCUCACCUCAUGUGUGCCCUCUGUGGGGGAUACUUCAUUGAUGCAACCACUAUUGUGGAGUGCUUGCAUUCCUUCUGCAAAACUUGCAUCGUGCGUUACCUGGAGACCAACAAAUACUGCCCCAUGUGUGAUGUGCAGGUCCAUAAAACCCGACCGCUGCUGAGUAUCAGAUCUGACAAAACCCUCCAAGACAUAGUCUACAAAUUGGUCCCUGGGCUUUUCAAAGAUGAGAUGAAACGGCGACGAGAUUUCUACGCAGCGUACCCCCUGACAGAGGUCCCUAAUGGCUCCAAUGAGGACCGCGGUGAGGUCUUGGAGCAGGAGAAGGGGGCGCUGAGUGAUGACGAGAUUGUCAGCCUCUCCAUCGAGUUCUACGAAGGUGUCAGGGACCGGGAGGAGAAGAAGGGCCCCCUGGAGAAUGGGGAUGGGGACAAGGAGAAGCAGACAGGGGUGCGCUUCCUGCGAUGCCCAGCAGCCAUGACCGUCAUGCACCUUGCCAAGUUCCUUCGCAACAAGAUGGAUGUACCCAGCAAGUACAAGGUGGAGGUUCUUUAUGAGGACGAGCCCCUAAAGGAAUACUACACCCUCAUGGAUAUCGCCUACAUCUACCCCUGGCGACGGAAUGGCCCUCUCCCUCUAAAGUACCGUGUUCAGCCAGCCUGCAAGCGACUCACCUUGCCCACAGUGCCCACUCCUUCAGAGGGCACCAACACCAGCGGGGCAUCCGAGUGUGAGUCAGUCAGCGACAAGGCUCCUAGCCCUGCCACCCUGCCGGCCACUUCCUCCUCCCUACCCAGCCCUGCCACUCCCUCCCAUGGCUCUCCCAGCUCCCACGGCCCCCCAGCCCCCCACCCUACCUCCCCCACUCCCCCUUCGACAGCCAGUGGGGCCACCACAGCUGCCAACGGGGGUGCCUCGAACUGCCUGCAGACACCAUCCUCCACCAGCAGGGGGCGGAAGAUGACUGUCAACGGAGCUCCUGUGCCCCCUUUAACUUGAGGAAAGGGGUCCUUUCCCUCCUUUGCAGCCACCUCUCCCUCCUUUCACUUUUUCUGGGCCUUUUUUCCACCUCUUCUACUUUACCCAGCUCCUCCCACCGUAGAAGUGGGAGGUGGGUUUUAUAAAUAAAUCUAUAUAUAUAUAUGUACAUAGGAAAGACCAAAUAUACAUACUUAUUUUCUAUGGACCAACCAGAUUAAUUUAAAUGCCACGGAGCGGUGGGGAGAACUGUGUGUGUGUGUGUGUGUGUGUGUGUUUCAUUUUUAGGGGGUCUUGUGUAGUUUGCUCUGCUCUUUGGGGGUUGCCUGGAGGUGAAUUCAAGGGGCCACUGGAAGUUGGGUAAAGCCCUACUCCAUUUCUCCCUGUUUCCCAAGGCAGAUGGGAUGUUGAGGGACCCCACCAGCCCCCAAAGCUUUAGACACAGCUCUAUCUGGCCCGGUACGGGGUCCACCAUGUUUCUCUACCCAUCUUGGCUGCUGUCCUGCCCCUGCCCAGCCCCCCAUUGCUGAAUGUCCAGAGAUUUUUGAAGACAGUGCCUUUUACAAGUGCAGUUUGUCCCCUGGAUCUGAGGAGCAAGUGGGCAGCGAGAAGGCAUCUCCCUCACCUCCUCAUGCAGUGGAAAUCUUGUGCAAAGACUAGAUAGUUCGGCCCUUUUCCCCUGUGUGUGUGGCCUUUGCAUCAUUUAUCUUGUGGAAGAGAAGAUUCAGGCAUGGGGGAUCCCAGCCCUGGAAAGUCCAUGUGUGGCUUUAGCAACAUGAACUGCUUCGCCCCUUCCUGCCCCUACCCUGGCCCAGGACCCUUACUUUCAAGACUGGUGGUGAAGCCUCACUUGGAGACCCAGAACGGAGGGGCAGGGAUGAGGUUAACCUCAGACAAGCACAGACCCCAGGUUCUGCCAAAGGCAAAUAGUCCUCCAGCCCCCCUCCUCACCCCCAGCUGAGGCCGAGUCAGGACAGUGACAGAGGCAUCUAGAAGCACAACUCUGAGAGGUCAAAAGAGCGCCCCCUCAGGGGCAGGCCCCAGCAGACCCCUGCCCACCUGGUUUUCCUCCAAUGUACAUAGAUCUGGGAGGAGGCCAGACUGUCACAAGGAGGUGUGUGGGGUUGGGAGCCCCCAUGGCUUUGUCUGUACCUUGUCCUGUUUGAGGUCCUGUGACUGUACCCUCCUCUUGCACUGGGACAUUUGUAUUUCUUGGCUUUGUAAUAAAUGCUGCAUCCUC